CUGCCUCGGGGGCGAGACUCUGUGUUAUGGUUACUCGAAUAUAGCGUGACGCGAAUAUUUUUUACUUAAAAAAAAUUAAACCCGACGUAUCCAAAAUGUGAGACAAGGCUGGAGAGAUCAAUCGGAGUUGAAUGCGCGGCCAGCGGUGAGGAAAUGCUUCCAAUUAGUCCCGAGGAAUUAAUAAUGCCGGAAAUUGGCCAGGAGAGAGCCCGGAACCACCUGAGAAUGCCACAAACACAGAAACAAUAUGAUUAAGUGUCUCUGAGGAGGUUCUGUUCAAAUGUCGGCGGGCAAACGCGAAAUUUUCUUCCAAAUAGCAACUUGGCAACAGAAACCGGGUGACUGAUGUGCGUCGUCAUGACAGUAUCGCCGAGCUGUCACCAUCUUACACAAGCAGAAACACCAUCGAUUCCCCCCAUGUGGACGAUGCUAAACAUGAGAAAGCCUAAAUGAAACUGAAGACGAGUUGAUCGGUAAGCGUUCGGCGGAUCGUGCAGUUGUUCAACUCCACUCGGGUGAGGAUUGAUUAAUAAUCGCCACCGGCUACGAUCACCGGGUGCUCGCACUAAUGCUCAAUUCUCAUCAUGACGUGCAUUGAUUAACCGAUCGAGCUCGACUGAUGCGAGUAGUCUCAAAAGUGAAUGAAUUACGAAUAUCGGCGCUUCGAGCUUUGCUAUUUGUUGUUGACUUGACAUUAUCCCUGGUGAAUUAUUUUCUGAAACAAUCAGUGCGCAUCUACUGGAAUUGAUAUUGAUGCUGGGGCUAUGGGGCGGUGUCAGGAGUCAUUUGCUGACAUUGACGGGGUUGUUAUUACCUUAAUUACGGUUUUUCCGGUUGUUUUUUAGACGUGAUGUAUGACUAGUGGCUUCGCCGUUGUGCACGAGAAAUAAUGGUGUUUAUGUGUUGUGCUGGCGGGUCGAGCACGGGCCAGGAAAAGAGAGUUUGAAAGGGGGAUAUGUGCCGUUUGGACGGAAUUUAUGGAUUACCUGAAAUUUAGUGUUUAUACAGGGGAAAUAUAACACGGAAAUGGCUGUGCGAUGGCAAACGAGGUUGUCCAUUGUCGCCAUAUUCUUCAUGUGUUCUGAAGAUACAUUAAGCAUGGGUGAGGGUGUCAUGCAGAAGCCUGAUCACCACCCCAGUCAGGUUAGACCCCGACAGCAGAUGAUCGAUUAUUCGAUCAGUCAUAAGACGAUACUGGAGCCGACAUUUGACGUCACCCAGGCCACAAACGUCACAGCUCUCAUCGGGAAAACAGCUUAUCUAACUUGCAGAGUGCGGCAUCUCGGCAAUAAAACGGUGUCGUGGGUAAGGCUCAGAGAUAUUCAUAUUCUAACAACUGGAGCGUAUACCUACACGAGUGAUCAACGAUUUCAAGCAUUGCACAGACAAAUCAACGGUCACAAUAAUGAGUGGUCGGAGUGGACAUUAUGCAUAAAGUGGGCGCAAGAGCGGGAUGAAGGCAUCUACGACUGCCAAAUAUCCACUAUACCUCUCAAGUCACAUCAGUUUUACCUGAAUGUCGUUGUGCCAACAGCAACCAUACUAGGAGGCCCGGAAAUGUACGUCGGCACUGGUAGCACCAUUAACCUGACGUGCGCCAUUCGAUUCAGUUCGGAACCUCCAGCCUUCAUAUUCUGGUACUACGCCGACAAUGUACUGAGUUAUGACAGUCCUAGGGGCGGUGUCUCAGUAAUAACUGAAAAAGGUACAGGCGUUACUACGUCAUGGCUGCUCAUCCAGGCAGCUCAACUAUCGGACUCGGGAGAGUACAGUUGUAAGCCGAGCAAUGCUAAUAUUGCAUCCAUACGCGUACACGUUGUCAACGGCGAACGACCGGAAGCAAUGCAAACCGGAACUGCAGGACCUAUUUUAUCAUCAAGCUGUCUUUUGGUAUCGCUCAUAAUUUUGUACAUAUCCUCAGUGUGAAGUUUGUGGAACAAUUACAAAUAAUUGGAAAACACUGAAAGUGACAUUGAAAAUGAACAGUAUAACAUAAGAGCUAAAUAUGUUUGAAUUUGUGGAUAAAUAGCUUAUGUAAAAAGAAUUAAGUCGUGAUAUUAAAUAGCGGAUCGUCGACACUGAUGAUUAUUACUGACGAUAGGAAAACAUUGAGAAGAAAAUAAAUGAGAAUGUGAGUGAA